AUGUCGAAAAGGAUUGUUUCUGCUCUACAGAUAGGUUCCUCCCCGGAAGGUACCACUGCCACUAUUGAAAAAAUAUUAUCAUAUGAAUCACAAAUUAAGGAAUCUGGAACGUCAUUAGUAGUUAUUCCAGAGGCAACUGUUGGUGGUUAUCCGAUUGGGUCGAAUUUUGGUGCUUACGUGGGUUACCGUACUCCCCGAGGCCGUGGAGAUUUUAAACGGUAUUUUAAGCAAUCGAUCAAAAUAGGUAACGAUCCUGAGUGUAAAGAGAUCAAGACCCUAGAAGGGUUAUCCAAGAGGACAGGUGCUUCACUCGUUGUUGGGUGCAUUGAACGGGAUAGUUAUACCCUUUAUUGUACAAUGGUUUUUAUUGAUCCACAGCUAGGAUAUAUUGGGAAACACAGAAAAUUACAACCCACGGCGUCAGAGAGAUUGAUAUGGGGUCAAGGAGACGGAUCUACUUUAACUGUCGUUGAUUCAAAAGUAGGAAAACUCGGUGGAGCGAUCUGUUGGGAAAACACACUUCCUUUAUUGAGACAUUCCAUGUAUGCUAAAGGUGUUCAAGUGUGGUGCGCACCAACAGUUGAAGACAUGCCAAUGUGGGAAACAAUUAUGAAAAAUAUCGCAUUCGAGGGAAGAUUAUUUGUGGUCAGUGCAGUACAAUAUGUACCAUCGGCCACAGAGAUGGGGUACGGGGUCCCAAUAGAAGGUUCUGAUAAUGAAAGAAUAUUGCCUGGAUUGGAGUCUUCUGAUGAGCCAUGUCUUAAGGGAGGAAGUAUUAUCGUUGAUCCCUUUGGUAAAGUAUUGGCCGGUCCUCUUCGUGGACAAGAAGGUCUUCUAGUUGCAAAUAUCGACCUGGACCUUAUUAUUGAGGGCAAGUACGAUUUGGAUGUUGUCGGUCAUUAUAGUCGUGGAGAUGUUUUCCAAUUGACAGUCAACGAGAAAUCUACCGAUAUACAUUUUGUGUAA